GGGCUGCCCUCUGAGGGAAGCUCCAAAGAGAAAGCAGAGGCAAGGAAGUUCUGCAGGUGCACAGCCUGAGGCCACCCCCAGGUCCAGCCCUUGGCAGGCCAGAAGCAGCCACAGCCAUGGCAGGGAUGAAGACAGCCACAGGGGACUACAUUGACUCGUCCUGGGAGCUGCGAGUAUUUGUGGGUGAGGAAGACCCCGAGGCUGAGUCGGUCACCCUCCGAGUCACCGGAGAGUCACACAUUGGCGGUGUACUCCUGAAGAUUGUGGAGGAGAUCAAUCGCAAGCAGGACUGGUCGGACCACGCUAUUUGGUGGGAACAGAAAAGGCAGUGGCUUCUGCAGACACACUGGACCCUGGACAAGUACGGGAUCCUGGCAGAUGCCCGCCUCUUCUUUGGGCCACAGCACCAGCCGGUCACCUUGCGGCUGCCCAACCGUCGUGCACUGCGUCUGCGCGUCAGCUUCUCUAAGCCUCUCUUUAAGGCCGUAGCUGACAUCUGCCGCCUUCUCAGUAUCCGGCACCCUGAGGAGCUGUCCCUGCUGCGGGCUCCUGAGAAGAAGGAGAAGAAGAAGAAAGAGAAGGAGCCAGAGGAAGAAGUGUUCGACCUGACCAAAGUCGUCCUAGCUGGUGGGGUGGCACCCGUGCUGUUCCGGGGGAUGCCAGCGCACUUCUCAGAUAGCGCCCACACGGAGGCCUGCUUCCACAUGCUCAGCCGGCCAGAGCCACCGCCGGACCCUGGGCUGCUGCAGCGUCUGCCGCGACCCAGCUCCCUGGCCGACAAGACCCAGCCGCACAGCAGGUGGCUGGACUCAUCUCGGUGCCUCAUGCAGCAGGGCAUCAAGGCUGGGGACACACUCUGGUUGCGCUUCAAGUACUACAGCUUCUUUGACUUGGAUCCCAAGGCUGACCAGGUGCGGCUGAUGCAGCUCUACGAGCAGGCGCGCUGGGACCUGCUGCUGGAGGAGAUUGACUGCACCGAGGAGGAGAUGAUGGUGUUUGCGGCCCUACAGUACCACAUCAACAAGCUGUCGCAGAGCGGGGAGGCUGGUGAAGUGGCCAGCACGGAUCCGGGGCUGGAUGAUCUUGACGCAGCCCUGAACAAUCUGGAAGUGAAGCUGGAGGGCUCGGCACCCACAGAUGUGCUGGACAGCCUCACUACCAUCCCAGAGCUCAAGGACCAUCUCCGAAUCUUCCGGCCCCGGAAGCUGACCCUGAAGGGCUACCGCCAGCACUGGGUGGUAUUCAAGGAGACAACGCUGUCUUACUAUAAGAGCCAGGACGAGGCCCCGGGGGACCCUAUUCAGCAGCUCAACCUCAAGGGCUGUGAGGUGGUCCCGGAUGUUAAUGUCUCCAGUCAGAAGUUCUGCAUCAAACUCCUAGUGCCCUCCCCUGAGGGCAUGAGUGAGAUCUACCUACGGUGCCAGGAUGAGCAGCAAUAUGCCCACUGGAUGGCCGGCUGUCGACUGGCCUCCAAGGGCCGUACCAUGGCGGACAGCAGCUAUGCCAGCGAGGUGCAGGCCAUCUUGGCCUUCCUCAGCCUGCAGCGGUCAGGUGGCAGCGGGGGCUCAGGCAACCACACUCAGGGCCCCGAUGCUUCUGCUGAGGCCCUCAACCCCUAUGGCCUUGUUGCUCCCCGCUUCCAGCGGAAGUUCAAGGCUAAGCAGCUCACUCCGAGGAUCCUUGAGGCCCACCAGAACGUGGCCCAGCUCUCACUGACUGAAGCCCAGCUGCGCUUUAUCCAGGCCUGGCAGUCCUUGCCCGAUUUUGGCAUCUCCUACUUCAUGGUCAGGUUCAAGGGCAGCAAGAAGGAUGAAAUCCUGGGUAUUGCCAAUAACCGACUGAUCCGAAUCGACUUGGCUGUGGGCGACGUGGUCAAGACCUGGCGCUUCAGCAACAUGCGCCAGUGGAAUGUCAACUGGGAUAUCCGGCAGGUAGCCAUCGAGUUUGAUGAGCAUAUCAACGUGGCCUUUAGCUGUGUGUCUGCCAGCUGUCGAAUUGUACACGAGUACAUCGGGGGCUACAUUUUCCUGUCAACUCGGGAGCGGGCCCGUGGGGAGGAGCAGGAUGAGGACCUCUUCUUGCAGCUCAUAGGUGGCCAUGAGGCCUUCUAAGGGCAGUGUGACUACUCAUG